CACAAAAAGUAACACACUCUCUCUCUCUCUCUCUCUCUCUCAGCUCUUCAAGUGUCAUUUUCUCACAUAUACUUCACACAAAAGAAACAACCAUUCACUUCAUACCUUGUCAUUUCUUCUCUCUCUCUCUCUCUCUCUCUCUCUCUGCAACCACUCUCAUAAAUUGAUCAAACCCCCCAUCUGAAAAAAAGAGAACCCAGAAAUCUCACCUGAAAAUCCAAAACUCUUAUCACCCAGAUCAUCACAAAAGAAUUCCCCCCUCAAAGGCUCAUCUUUUGUGAUCCUUGAUAUCCAUUCUGCUAUUAUUAUAACGUUCAACAACCAAAAGAAAAGCAGCAAGAAGAAGUAGAAGAGAUAUUUGAGGACAAAGGAGGCUUUAGUGGGUGGACUUGUCUGAUGGAGUUAUUCCCAGCUCAACCAGAUUUGUCUUUGCAAAUCAGCCCUCCAAACAACAAACCCACUUCAAGUUGGAGGAGAAGUACAGAAGAAGAAGUGGAUUUGGGGUUUUGGAAGAGAGCUUUCGACUCUAGAAACUCCAUGUCCUCAAUGGCCAAACCUGACACCUGUUUUGAGCUCUCCUUGUCUAAUCCAAGGCCUUCUGAUCAUCACUCUUCCCUCACCAACCACAAUCAUCAUAUCCAAAAUGGUAAUGGCAAUCUUUUCCACGCCUUUCCACAACAAAACCACUACUCUCACCAUCAAAACCAACACCAGCACCAACUCCAUCACCAGCCACUGUUUCAGCAACCAACUCAAGGACUAAGUCCAGAGCUUGGCUUUUUGAGACCCAUAAGAGGAAUUCCAGUUUACCAAAACCCUCCUCCUUUCCCAUUUGUUCAACAGCCUUUAGAUGUUUCGCAUCAACCUUCUUCUAUUUCUAUACCUAAUACUACCUCAAGUUCUAGUCCUUUUCAGUCUCAAGGGUUACUGCGAUCAAGAUUUCUGUCACGGUUUCCAGCUAAACGAAGCAUGAGGGCGCCUCGGAUGAGAUGGACAACUACACUCCAUGCGCGCUUUGUUCAUGCUGUUGAACUAUUGGGUGGCCAUGAAAGGGCUACACCAAAGUCAGUUCUUGAGCUUAUGGAUGUGAAAGAUCUCACCUUGGCACAUGUUAAAUCUCAUUUACAGAUGUAUCGAACCGUGAAGACCACAGAUAGAGCUGCAGCUUCUUCAGGACAAUCGGACGUUUUUGAAAAUGGGUCAUCUGGAGAUACUUCUGAAGAUUUAAUGUUUGAAAUUCAGAACCCAAGAAGGCCUGAGCUAUCCAUUCAGCAAGGAAGACCAACUGCUCAAGACAAAGACUAUCAAGGUCUCUGGAGCAAUUCUUCUAGCAGGGAAGCAUGGUUGCAUGGCAAACCAAGGGAUUCUUGUGGAAACAUACCAUCUCUUGAGGACAUGGAUCCAAAGUGCUUAAGCUAUGAAAGAAUAUCAGAUGUAAGCUCAUCCACAAACCAUUCAGGGGCAAGCCCCAAGAAGCCUAAUUUGGAGUUCACUUUGGGCAGACCACUUUGAAGUCUCUUUUGAGUAUUACUCAUUUUGAAAUCAUUGUAACAGUGAAGGGGUGGCUGGAGAUGAGAAUCAGGUACCCGCUGAGAAAACCAGAGGAAAAGAAAUGAAAAAGAAAACAAAAGAAAAAGAAAAGUAAAAGGAGAGCUAAAGAAAGACAAGGAGACAAGAAAGACAGAAAGCAACAAAAGGAGAAGGAGGUGUGGAAAAAAAGCAUGUCCUUCCUAUCAGACCUGAGAUCCAAAUCAACAUAUUAUAUUCCUACGUAAAUAUAUAAAAUCUAAUUGAUUUUGUAUGUUUUGCACUCAUAUGAAGAGAGAGAAAGAGAGAGAGAGUGAGUGAGUGAGAGAGAUAGAGAGAGAAAAAGACCUUUAACUAUCUUAAAGUAUGAAAGUGAUCCUUGGUAAUUGUAAUGGAGCACUUUACAUUUUAUGAAAUAUUUUAGUAUUUUUUACCAAAA